CCAUUGGUUUGACCCAACCUUAUUAAUAAUAAGGGUAUCUAAUCCUAGUUUAUUACAAAAAUUUUCUAGCUCCUUAACUUUUAAAGUCGGUUAUUUAAUAGGAAUACUAUUCUUUAACAAUUAUACUAAUCGAUUCCUCCUCCAUUGCCAAACUAUUGAAAUUAUUUGAACAAUUCUUCCAGCCAUUGUUCUUCUAUUUAUUGCAUUCCCCUCCCUACGACUCCUAUAUUUACUACAUGAAAUUAAUGAACCAAUCAUUACAUUAAAAUCUAUUGGACAUCAGUGAAACUGAAGCUUUGAAUAUUCAGAUUUUUUAUCAAUUGAAUUUGAUUCAUAUGUAUAUAGUCCCAAUAAAUGA